GUUCUUUACUUGGUUGUUAGGAAGCCACGCUUCAAGGUGUUGUGACCAUCAACACUACAGAGGACUGAGGAGUACGCAAGAUAAGAGCUUUACUCUAUAUUUUAAUGUUACAAUGCUAUUGCCGCCAACCCAUAUGGCAUUACAUUCGCCGCGGCUUUUAUCACUCACCCGAAGGGCCUUUUCUUCUUCUCCUUCCUUUCAAGGAGGGGUUUCUAUGGUUCAAGGAGCUUCCAGAGGAAUUGGCCUCGAAUUUUUUCUUCCAUCUACAGGUUAAACAGAUUUUAGAAUACGAUGAUAAAGAGCAUGUUAUUGCUACCUGCCGUAAUCCCAGUGCAUCAACUGGGCUUAUCCAUCUGAAAGAUAAAUUUGCAGACCGCCUUAAAAUUUUGUCGUUGGACUUGACUGUUGAAACUUCAAUUGAGGCAUCUGCAUUGUCAAUAAAAGAGACAUAUGGCCGUCUAAACCUUCUUAUUAAUGCAUCUGGCAUUCUUUCAAUACCUGAAGUAAUGCAUCCAGAAACAACAUUGAACAAAGUGGAGAAAUCAUCUUUAAUGCUUGCGUAUGAGGUUAAUGCAGUGGGUCCUAUCUUAGUUAUCAAGCAUAUGUGGCCUCUUCUAAAAGUAGGAGGAGGCCAUGGGACUGGAAGAAGUGCUGCAGUUGUGGCUAGUUUGAGUGCAAGGGUUGCUUCUAUUGGGGACAACCGUCUUGGGGGUUGGCACUCUUAUCGAUCUUCAAAGGCUUCUCUUAAUCAAUUAUCGAAGACUGCCUCCCUGGAAUUUGCAAGAAGGAAGGAUCCAGUUGUAUGCAUUUUACUGCAUCCUGGUACAGUUGACACAGAUCUCUCUAAGCCAUUUCAAAGAAAUGUCCCCCCAGACAAGCUCUUCACCAAAGAGUUCUCAGUUCAGAAGCUACUAAGCAUCAUUAACAAUGUGAAGAUCCAUGACAAUGGCAAGUUCUUUGCCUGGGAUGGACAAGAAAUUCCUUGGUAACCCUGUCACAAUUCAUGUAAGAAAUAUAUCAAUAAUAAAUUUACAUGGAAGUGACAGAUUUGUGUGGCACAUUCAGCAUGUCCUGUUGGUGAUUUUGAAUAUUUCAUUAUAAACUUACAUGGAAGAAAUGAGAUCAUAAAAUAAUUAGGACUUAUAAA